AUGGUGUCCGAGGAAAUUGACAAGCUCUUUAUUCCAUUUUUUGUGGAAAUGAGAUAUGGUUUACAAAUUUGUUUUCCCUUUUUACAAGCAUUUUCAGACAUAGGAUCUCGUGACUGUUGUCUCCUUCGAGAUUUAGUAGGUCAGAAGAAGACUGGUAAUGCCAGUUCACAACACAAAUAGGUGACUUUCCUAUUUGUCAAUUCAAAGAUUAUCAAUAACACAAGUUCUGGAAGAUUGUUACACUGGCCUGAAUUCAGCACUUAUUGGAAAACAUGCUUGUCACCUUGAAAAAUCUUCAACAGCAAACCUUUCAAGUUGAAAUUGAAGCUUCGCAGACUGUUAAAAGUCUGAAAGAGAAGAUUGAAGCUCAGAAAGGAAAGGAAUAUGCUGCAGAAAAUCAAAGAUUAAUAUAUGCUGGCAAAAUAUUAACGGAUGAAAGUGCAUUAAGUGAAUAUAAUAUCGAUGAAAAGAAAUUUAUAGUUGUAAUGGUAACAAAGCCCAAGAGUGCACCUGCUCCUUACACUGGCCCAAGUGAUCCUACGAAUAUUACUCCAGACCCUGCGCCUGCUUCCAGUACAACAACUUCAGCUUCAGCUGCUGCAACUGCUGCCGCAGUAACUGCAUCGAAACAAGGAGACGGAGAAAGAACUGUUCAAGAAGAUUCUGCCCGUACUACUACAACAACAGUUUCUGGUACGACUGCUGCCACUGCUACUCCUGCUUCCCAAUCAGCUUCUAAUAUCCUUGAAGCCCAGUCUACAUUGCUUAUGGGUGAAGAAUAUAAUCAAAUGGUUCAGAACAUUAUGGACAUGGGUUAUGGUCGUGAGCAAGUAGAGCAAGCAUUGAGGGCUAGUUUCAAUAAUCCGGAUCGAGCAGUUGAAUAUUUGUUAACAGGGAUACCUGCAGAAGUUCUAGAAGAUAGGGAUGUAGGUCCAGAAAAUGAGGCAGUCAUUGAUCCUCCAGUAUCUAAUGUCGUAGCUUCUGGUGGUGGGGGUGGUGGUGGUGGAGGCGGCAGUGGUCCAACUAGUGAUGACCCAUUAGCAUUUUUGAGGUCUCAACCACAGUUUCAGCAAAUGCGGCAAGUCAUUCAGCAAAAUCCUCAGCUUCUGAACACCGUGCUUCAACAGAUAGGGCAAACGAAUCCAGCUUUAUUACAGCUUAUUUCUCAAAAUCAAGAGGCCUUCGUUAGAAUGUUGAAUGAACCCAUUGCGGGUGGAGGAAGUGGUGGGGGCAGUGGUGCAGAGUCUGUGGCUUCUGGUAAUCAGUCAGCCAAUGUCGGAGCUGACUCUGGAAUGCUUGGGCCAGGUUUCAUUCAAAUCACCCCACAAGACAAGGAAGCUAUUGAAAGGUUGAAAGCUCUUGGCUUUCCCGAGCAUCUGGUCAUUCAGGCAUAUUUUGCUUGCGAAAAGAAUGAGAAUUUGGCAGCAAACUUUCUACUUUCACAGAACAUGGAUGAUUGAUUACUUGAGGUCUUGACUAUAUGAACAGUACUUGACUUGUAGGCAUCAAUACACUAUUUGUUUUGAGUGCAAUAUCUCAAGCAAGCCUUCCACAAUAUUCAAAGCAUGUUCUGCUUAUGUUUUGUUUCUUACUACACUGCUCUUUUAGCCUAUGUUUUGCCGUAUAUCAUUUGUAUUGGGUGUAACUUGUAUAUCACCGGAACAAAAAAUCCUCUUCAAAACGUUGUAAUUUAUUGAUAGAGGAAUAGGCACAUUUCUCAUUAACAGUGUCUGUGUAAAGAUAAACAAUUUUGCUAUUGUAACAUUAAAUAUUUUCUAAAAAUGUGUUACUAUUGGGAAGUUCUUUGGGUUUGAACUGUUGUACAGAGUACAUGAUUAACUAAUUGGAUGAUCAGAUCUCCUGUAAAUGUAUUGGUUAUAUUUCUCUUAUGUUUCUGAAAAACAUCAUCUUCAGAACACUCAUGUUCAGAUAUGAUAUCUCUGAUUAUUAUGCUGGACAAAAUGUCACAGAUUUCGCUGAAAUGAUGUUGCUUUUGAAUAGAAAUAUUAUUACAUAGCCUGCUUUGUCAGUUGGGAAGUAUAUUUGCAUGAAGUUUUGUCUCAAAUUUUGUUUUUGUUUUUUGAAUAUAUUGUACAUAUGUUAACUACAGGUUUCUGCUCAUCCAGUAGAUAUUGUCUGAUUAAAUAUACAGUGUGACAAUGCAAGGAUCGUAUAAAUAAGCCAAGGGUUGUGUGGUUGUGUGUGAUGAAAUCAUGAAUUUUAGUGUCCUAGUUAGAAUUUCAUUAAACACUUAGUGCAAAUCAGAAAGGUUUACUUGUGAAGUGGAUAUUGUGUUAUAUUUUUUGUCAGUUAAGUGUCGGCAAAAACAUUAAGCAUGCAUAAAAGUUUAUGUUUGAGAUAGUUUUAUAAAAUGAUUCAAAUUUUAAUUAUUAGUAUUUAAUAAUGUCUAUAUGGUUUGUUCUACAUUUAAACGGAAAACUUUUGUGCACUGCUGUUAAUACAACCACUACAUCCCUUGGAAACGCAUUGAGGUAUUGUUUGUUAGUGACGUUCUAUUUUGACUUGGGGAUAGUUACUACAUUACUCGCCUUUAUUCUCAAUUACCUACUAAACUAGGCAGUGAGAGUUUAUAGUUCAUACCUUUGACUGUUGAAAACAUAAUGAACAUUGAUUUUGAGUUUCUAAAUAAAAUUAAAUUAGUGAAACAAGCAGAAAAUGAUCUUUUCCUCACUCCCUUCUCUGUUUCAUAUUUGACAAGUUUCAUUUUGUGAAGAGAUUGUUGACAUAUUGUAUUAAAUAGUGCCAAUUGUCUAUUUAUUAUAAAGGUGAAAUGGGAAUGAUUCCUUGAAAGAUAUAUGUGGAUCUCCAUUUUUCUUAUCAACAGUAUAAAUUGGUAUAUGUGCACUACUUGAGACUUAAUAGAUUACUGUUGCUGCAGGACUGUUCUUUGCUUGUGCUUCUCCUUCAUGAGAAGUGUAGAUUCAGUGACUAUAACGAAGAUGAGAUUGGAACAUGUUAGACCUGCACAUGGUGUCCUAUAGGAAAUACUGGUAUUUUUUUAAAAGUGAAAAUUACAUUGAUGGUUCCAAAAUAAUUCAACAUCAUAGACUGAUAAUUUGGAAUUUCAAUUGUUGGGUCAAAAUGGUGAAUAGGAAAUGACUGGUCCAUUCAAUAGGUAAUAUGCUUCCUCUAGUCUUCCCAGAUUACACUGUGAAUUACUUUCGAGAUUUUACUUCAACCAUUUUUCAAUGGUUUAAUUAUGCCAAAAGGCUUUGUGUGAUAAGUUAAAUAGUUUUGGUCUCAGCCAGUAAGUAGGCAAAUUUCAAUGGAGAGAUGUAAUCUAAUUUACUUACAGGAGAUUAAUGUCUUCUAAUCUUGCUAUAAGUACUUCGUUGUAAAACCAGGUACUCAAAUCGAUAUGUCAUUACCAGAAAAAUUGGUGUUCACACUUAAUUUUUUUAAUUACUUUCUUAAUUUCCCCAUUUUUUGAUGUGUACUAUUCUUUACUGUUGUGAAGACGUGUUCACAUAUGAAAAAAUUGGUUUGCUCUUGUGAAGUUGUAUGCAAUUCACCACAGUGGUGUGCUGUGGGCAAUGACCAUGGUGACUACUGUGGUGCAAUAAAGUUUUCUCUUUACAUAUCUGUUCCUUCAAACGUACUAUGUUUUCAUUUUUUAGUAAUUUUUGAUGUAUGAAAAAUUAUUAAAAUUUUCAACCUGACUUCCUUCAUUUUUAGACAGUUCUUAAAUCUGUUAACGUUUUGUGAAAAAAUAUUGAUAGAGACAAAUGUCCAAAUUUUUAGUAUUCCAGGAAAUUUUUCAAUGUUUUAUAUGAUGAUCAGUAGUGUUCAGUGCGAGAUAUUUUUUUGUCUCACUCCCUUACCUUAAAGCAAAGCUUUUUCUGUUUAUCAAUUUUGAAACAAAAUGAUUGGAAAGUGUGUUUCUUUUAAAAUAAAUUUAUUAGUAAACAAUAGUCAAACUUAUGUUUAGUGGUAUGGUUGAUUUUUCUUAAAUUUGAAGAGAGAGAGGCAACUGCAUCCAAUGAAGAUCAACUUGCUUUUAUUGUACACUGCUUCAGGAAUAAAAUAUUUUCCAACUGUGCUCCAUGGAAACUCACCAAUCUCUGAUGAAAUGAUGUUUGAGUGCAUUAUUUCAAUAACACCAAAACUUACUGAUGUUAAAACUUAUUUUGCCUGGCACCAUUUUGAUUUCUAAAUUUAGUUAGAAUGGAGGUUGAUACGAUGAUUGUACCACAGUCAACUUGUUUUUCAGUGACUUGCUAAAUAUAUGAAUACAUAAAUAGAUUCACCUUUGGUUUUUUGAACCAACAAUUUUAUUUUUACAUCAAGUUGGCAGACUGCAAACAACCAUUAGUCAUGGAUUUGAAGAAUAGAAUUUGUUAAUGUGAAAUAAUGUUUUCUGAAUUAGAAAUAAAAAUUGAUUGAACAGGGUGUACUUUACCUUUUAAAAUAACGACUAAAGUAGUAUGCUAUAAAAGUAUUUGUUAUAAUUUUGUAAGCAAAUUAGCUAAACUUCACCAUUUACAAGCUUGUAUUUGUACAUUAUUCUUUAACAAUUCAUGUUGAUUUAUAAUCUGAAUGAAGAAAUAAGAUAUCAAAGUUAAAAUGGUCCAGAAUAUAACUUAAAUAAUUAGAGAGAACUAUAUCAUAUUGGUAAGUGAAGUUAGCAACUUUUUAUUCUGCGAAGUACACCUGAUUAUAUUAAAUUCUUUUAAUGUCUAGCCAAUUGAUUACAUUCAUUUCAUGUCAGUGUAUAUUUUCUACCUGCAUUAAACCAUUACAGAGUACUGUAUGAUGUCAUAUGCUAAUUUAUUUAUUUUAAUUGAAUUUCAACAUAAUUUAAGAGCAUGGGGCUCAAAUGUUUCAAAGAUUUUUAAAACCACGGAAGAAAAUUAAAAUAUUUUUGAAUCUUAAAUAUUGAUUUAGCUGAAAUCGCUAAUUGCAGGCUCAUAGUAAGGGCUCUGAUGGAAAAAUCUUUCCAUCAAGGAUCUGAGUCGAAGGGCGAGAUCAGUGUAAGAGGAUUGUAAGAGGGCUUCAGCCCUGUUCCAAGCAAUUUGUGGGUGGUUCUUACAGAGGUUGACGGGGAAGAUCAACAGUUUUACAACUUUUUAUAAAUGCCCAUGUAAUGAAUGGUUUGGACCUUAGAAGCGUGAUAGCAAUAUAAUUUGGCAAUAAAAAAAUGUUGCUACCAAGCUUAGUUGUCCAACAGUGUCUCAAUGCAACAACGUUUUUUUUUUAACAUUUUCUUGUACAGUGAGGUAAUGCUUUACUAGAGUGGAUAUUGUAACAUAACAUACUUGGCACUACCAGUUUGAAAUUGCUAGGGCACUCCCAUAAGCAAUCUGGGAAUCAACAAUAAAAUUUGUAAGAAAAGAGAAUGGGGGAAUAAAUUGUUGUCAGGUAAGAAAUGUUAGAUGAAGUAGAAAAUCUUGGGCUUUUGUUUUAUGGAGGUUUAAACUCUGGGAAAUUAGAUCAGAUUCUUCUGUGAUGUUGAUAGGGUUUCUUAAUUUGAAAAUAGUAGCUGCUGGAGAGGAAUAUUAGGAAUUAAAGAACUUGUCAAUGUUUAAUUGUGAGAAGAACAAAUUCUCUACGCGAUUCUUAUGAAUGUCUAUAUUAUUGUAUACACACAAAAAAUAACAACAACAACAACAACUUUCCUUUCUAAAUUUAAGACAUUCAGAUUUCUUUUUCAUUGCUUCUAUUCAUAACAGUUGGAGUUGAUGUUUCAACUGUCAUCUUCUAGCCAUCUUCAGG